CAGACCUGGAAUCGAAACUGGUUUUAUCGCUUGGGUGCGAACAUGUCCUCAACCCUCAGCAGGACAGCAACAGCGAGCAGCGCGGCCUCGAUCUCGGCCACUCCCACUCCAGCCCAGGGGAGCCUUGAUUCAGCCGGAGCCGGCAUCACUGGAGGCUACACGGGAGACUCACUCAGUCUGCAAAUCAUCAUCGCCAUUCUGCUCGGACUUUCCUUGUACAAUGCCAUCGAACUCAUCGUUCUGAUCUUCGUCACUUUUCAGAAAUACCGCGGUCUCUACUUCUGGAGCUUGUUCUUCUCUGGAUUCGGCAUCAUCCCGUAUGCGCUUGGCUUCGUAAUCAAGUUCUUUCGACUGUUGGAUCCCGGUGAAGAUGUGGGCUAUGCGGCUGUGUUCCUAUUGACCAUCGGAUGGUACUUGAUGGUUACCGGCCAGUCCGUCGUUCUCUGGUCACGGCUGCACUUGCUCACCAAUUCGCGUCGUGUCAUUCGCUACACGCUGAUCAUGAUCCUCGUCAACAUUCCUCUUCUGCAUUUUCCCACUACCAUCCUUACGUUCGCCUCCAAUUCGAACAGUCUAGACCACAAAACUCUCUUACGCUUCGUCAAUGGCUAUGGAAUCAUGGAAAAGAUCCAAAUGGUUGGAUUCUUCAUACAGGAAACUAUACUGUCGGUCAUUUACAUCAAGGAAACUUUGCGACUGCUCAAGCUCUCGGACAGCGUGCAGGAUGAUAUCACCAGUGUUCCCGAAGAAGGAGACCUGCGGCACGGCAACAUGCGAAAGACCAUGUAUCAGAUUCUGGCCAUAAACGCCAUUAUAAUCGCCAUGGAUAUUGCGCUCCUAAGCGUCGAAUUCGCCAAUCUCUACCUCAUCGAGACCACACUCAAAGGCGUUGUGUAUUCCAUCAAGCUCAAACUUGAAUUUGCCGUCCUAAGCAAACUUGUCCAGAUUGUCCGCACAAAGAACUCCAAUAGUAGCGGUCUUAACCAUUCAUCUCUCGAGCGCCACAUCUCUCCCCCCAUGGCUGCGAACUCUACCGGUCUAGAACUACAUAAGAAGGACACGAAUGGGACUGUGAGAACAGGAAGCGCUGCGAAUAUCCGAUCCAGUGUCAGCAGUGGACCAGCAAAUCAAUGGCCUAGCUUUGUUGAGCCCAGUCUUGUACAGGGCGACGUUACGCAUGCCCCGUUGAGUACGAUCCUGAGCAGUGAGAACACAGACGAAGAUGAAGAUGGUCAGCUGGGUAAGGAAAGGGAGAAGAGGAAAAGGAGACAGACCAGACAGAGCUGGAUUGAUGAGGAAAUGGAUAAACACAAUAUUGGCUGA